AAUAUAAACACAGAGUGGAGGGGAGAAACUGAUUCGCUGCGAGAAAAGCUCAACAAAAUGGGCAAAGAGCUAUAGUGUCAGUGAUAAGAAGAAAGCAAAGAAUGGAUUUAUUGAGUGGGAGGAGAUGAGACACAAGGAGACUCAGUCAGACUGAUUGAGAGACUGACAGACAGCACACACCGGUGUGAUCCUGUCUGAAUGAAUCCAUCUCUAUGAAUGUUUUCAUUUGGAAUCACUAACUGCAAAAAAUAUCUGCGCAAGUUCCCUUUUCUACUACCAGGAUUGAAAAGGGAAGCAAACUAUCUUUCACUUUGGCUGUCUGUUCUCCAAAGCAGAUAAUUCUCUCAUUUAUUUCUGCGCUUCGUGAAGUGUGAUCGGAGUGUGUAUUGAGUCGGUGUGCUCUAAACUGAGAUGGGGACGGUGAGCGAACUUUGUGCUUCCAGCUUCCAGGCGUUCAUGUGUCCCACUGUGUGCCCAGCUGCACCAGCAGUGCCAGAUGACCUGACGCCAGAGGAGAAGCAGGAGCUGGAGAAUAUACGGCGCCGAAAGCAGGAGCUGCUUGAGGACAUCCAGAGACUCAAGGAUGAGAUAGCGGAGGUGACGAAUGAGAUUGAGAACCUGGGGUCCACUGAAGAAAGGAAAAAUAUGCAAAGGAAUAAACAGGUGGCAAUGGGCCGAAAGAAAUUCAACAUGGAUCCCAAAAAGGGGAUCCAGUUCCUCAUAGAGAACGACCUGCUUAAGAAUACCUGUGAGGAUAUCGCUCAGUUCCUCUAUAAGGGUGAGGGCCUCAACAAGACGGCCAUCGGAGAUUAUCUAGGUGAAAGAGAUGAAUUCAAUAUUAAAAUUCUUCAUGCUUUUGUGGAGCUUCAUGAAUUUACGGAUCUCAACCUGGUCCAAGCACUCCGACAAUUCUUGUGGAGUUUCCGGUUACCCGGUGAAGCCCAGAAGAUAGACCGCAUGAUGGAGGCUUUUGCACAGCGUUACUGUCGGUGCAACACAGGUGUCUUUCAGUCCACAGAUACUUGCUAUGUUCUUUCAUUUGCCGUCAUCAUGUUGAAUACAAGCCUACACAACCCUAAUGUAAAGGACAAGCCUUCAGCUGAGCGCUUCAUAGCCAUGAACAGAGGCAUCAAUGAUGGGGGAGACCUACCAGAGGACUUGCUCAGGAACCUUUAUGAAAGCAUCAAGAAUGAGCCCUUUAAGAUACCAGAAGACGAUGGCAAUGACCUAACACACACAUUCUUUAAUCCAGACCGUGAGGGCUGGUUGCUGAAAUUGGGGGGACGGGUCAAAACGUGGAAAAGAAGGUGGUUUAUCUUGACGGAUAACUGCCUUUAUUACUUUGAAUUCACAACUGAUAAAGAGCCAAGAGGGAUUAUACCCCUGGAAAAUCUGAGCAUCAGAGAAGUGGAGGAUUCAAAGAAACCUAACUGCUUUGAGCUCUUCAUCCCAGACAAUAAGGAUCAAGUGAUCAAGGCCUGCAAGACUGAGGCAGAUGGUCGAGUGGUCGAGGGAAACCACACAUUCUACAGAAUCUCAGCCCCAACCAUUGAAGAAAAAGAGGAAUGGAUCAGUAGUAUUAAAGCUGCCAUCAGCAGGGACCCCUUCUAUGAGAUGCUUGCAGCCAGGAAGAAGAAGGUGUCCUCUAUAAAGAGGCAGUAGAUUUUCCUGAUUCCUUGAAACUUUGGAGCCCAUGUAUAUACAGUAUCAUUGCUGAAGACUAAAUGAAGGACACCCAAGAAGGAAAUGACCUGUGACUUUUGCAAGUGGACAAAUGAAACCUAGACGCCAUAACUGUGGACCGGACCAGUCCUACUCAGGAAUGCUCUGGGGUUUUCAUGUGGAAAUGGUGAACUGCACUGGGAGUUUUGUGAGCCUUGUGUGACACUGCUUUUCACUUUGAUUUACUUUAUUAUGCUUUUUGAGUAAACAUGCAUACAUACUCAUUCAGGGAUUUGUAUGUAUUGAAGGAUUAUAGCAUUGGACAGAGGCUCUUAAACUGCAAAUGUUACAAAAUAAAUGUGUGUAAAUGUAUUAUGUAUAGCCUGUGUCAAUCUAUGAACAUUUUAAAUCAGCAGGUCUGACUGUACAAGGCAACUGACGUAAAAGCUGCUGAAAAAUAUGUAUUUCAGAUUUAGUUUUUGUUUGUUUGAUACAUGUACAGACAGCAGGAUAAGUACGUAUAUUAUCUGCACGUUCUCCGGAAUAUUUCAUAAGCUGUGUUUCUUGAUCGGCUUCCAUAAUGACAUUCAUGUGGCUUUUUACAUACUUGUAAUCAUUGUCUUUGUAUUGUCCGCUGUUAUAUUUUGUCUGCUUCUUGAAAUGAAGAUAUGUGCUUGUCUCAUUUCCAAAGCUAUUUUUAUAUGCCUUAAUGACUGAAGCAGUGGAUUUGUUUUUAUACUGAUUUGUUCAGUCUGUAGUUCAUAAAAAUGAAAGUGGCCUUACAUCCUGUAAUGUACAGUGUAAAGAAGACAUUUUCUGUUUUCUGUUUUUUCUUCUCUAUAUUACCUUGGGGCUUUUGUAUUUGUUUGACCUGAUCCAGUGAUACACUUAAGGUAGGUUUGGCAUUUUUGUCCCUCUCGGCUUGUGCGUCAUUCUUGUGCAACAGCACGGCCUGUUGUAUGUUUUUUCUUAGUUAAUGUGGGAGGACAAUUUUACAUUUUAAAUAUUAAAAUGGAGUAGUAAUAAUGAUGAUGAUUAUGAUCAUGGUGAGGAUGGGUUGCUUUACUAAAAUAGUCCGAAAUGCAAGAUAUUUCAGUAUUUAAAUUGUUUCUUUGUUGAAGUGCACAGAAAUAUUAGAGGAGGCGAUGUCAACGGAUCACUUCUGUAUAUAUUUUAAAAGUUGUAUUUUUGUCUGAAUGCGUUUGUAUAAAAAUAUGGUUUUGAUGAAGAUCUUUUAUCUUUUAGGUUUUUUUUUUUUGCAAUUGCCAUGUAGGUUUGAGUCUUGAAAUAAAACUCUAAAACAAAUGGACUAAAAAAUAUUUUAUCAUGUCUGAAAUCCAGACACAAUAAAAUGGUUUUGGUCGUC